AUGGACUUUAAUAUUGAGGAUAUCGCAACACUUCAGUCGCCCUGUUAUAAUCCUCUGGGUUUUUACUCAUUAUUAUUGUGGUUUAUUUCAUUUAUAUGGCCUGUUCAGCUUUAUCAGUUCAUUAUUUGCAUUGGUCUUGGUGUAGCGCAAGAUUAUUACCCAAAUAAUUCUUACUUUGCACUAGUUAAGGAAAGAGUCAGUUCUAUUAAUGCAUGGUGUCUACCAGCAUUCCUUGGUGAAGAUAAUUCACAUCAUAUAAUAUCAAUAGAAAUUGGCAUAUUUUAUCUCGGAAUGCUAGUCUUCAUUCGCCGAUUACUUUUGCGGUGGACCCUUUCAUACACUAAGUGGAUUUACUAUCCUGAAAACACACCGGAUAAUCCCAUUAAAGGGAAGAUUUGGCGAUUUCUUCUCUGGUUACAAUCAGGCACGGCUAAAACAACUUUUGACAUGGAGAAAGUUCUACCAUCGCUUCCCCUUCCCAGUGUUGAUUUAACUAUUAAACGGUUGAUGGGCAGCUUGGCGCCUUACCUUGGCCAUCAAUCAGCACGGUAUCAGGCUCUUGAAAGUGGCCUCAAGAAAUGGGCAAAAUCAGAGGGUCGAGGGUGUCAAAGGCGAUUGAGGGCCAAAAAAUGGAUUUCUGGAAACUAUGCAACACUUUGGUGGCAAUCUCACAACUUCCUUUGCCAUCGAAAGCAAACCUUCCUUGACACUUCCUUGGUAGCCUAUCAGGAGUGCGAUAAUUACCAGCAAUACACAGACAAUCCUCUCGCUAGGGCCUCGGUGUAUCUCUACCUCUUCGGCAACCUGCGUUCACUUGUCAAAGCGGGUAGAAUAAACCCUGACAUGUUCCAAGACAAGGUGCCCUUGUGCAUGACCCAAUGGCGACACAUAUUUGCUACUACCAGCGUUCCACUCUUCACGAAAUGGCGUCGAAUUGUUUCGCCUGAUUUGCUGCAGAAGAUGCUUCAAUACGUCGUGGAUGAUUCUACCAAGAAAUCAGGUCGGUUUACCACUGAACGUGAAAAGCCCUUCUCACCGGCGAUCCUAACAACGCUGGGUCGUGACGAGUGGCAGGGCUGUCGGUCGGACUUUUUCUCCUACGGCAUCAACAAUGACUCCAUCAAAGAGGUCGAACGCGCCAUUUGUUUUCUCUACAUAGCAUCUGAUUCUCAAAUGACACCCUAUCAAGCCACCGGAAAACUCUGGUUCGACAAAAGUGUCAAUUUCUGUGUCUUCCCGAAUUCUCAAAUUAGCAUUCAUGCCGAUUGGACUUGCAUGGAUCCAUGGAUAUUUGCUGGUCUCCUUGAACGCUUAAGAGUUGCAGAAACUCCAGAUAUGUAUGACCAUUCAACAGGAGAUGCAGUUUGUAUGCAAGAUGCUGAUCAUGUAUGUUCUGACCCAGAACCUGUGAAUUGGCAGGUCUUCGAUGAGAUGGUUCCAGUGUACAAGAUGGCGUUGAAACUUUGUGAAUCGGUAAUCAAGUCCCUCCGAGUGUCUGAAAUUCACUUUUCUUUGUUUGGGCGCUCCAAAGUUAAAAAGGAAUGGAAUCUAUGCGUCGAUGCCUUCAUUCAAGCUGUUCUCCAUGUUGCAUACUUUCGACUGACUGGACGGCUAGCACUUUGCGCCGAAUACGUUCCUUGUCGACUUUAUUCGAAUGGGAGAUCUGAAACUCUUCGUUCUCUUACUAAUGAAAUGGAAGACUUCAUUAGUGCCUUUCAUGCAAGCACUUCGGAAUCGGGCAUUAAACAAACGAAGAUCUCUAAGUGUUUGAGCCUGCUCAAGACGGCCUGUCAGCGUCAUGAGUUCUUGUUGAAGCAUGCCACCUCUGGAAGGGGUGUUGAUCGUCAUCUACUUUCACUGAGUAUUGCUAACAGUUUCAGAACAUAUACGAGAUGUGAAGCUCUUGAUACAGUGAUACAAAUGCCAUUUGACCUAAUAACUUGCAGGCUACCUAAUUCUUCGGCCAGGAACUCCUGGCAGAUUAUGUUGCCUUUGAUGGACCAAGAUGGUGCAAUUCAUGUGGCCUACACAAGUCGGGGAGAUUCAGAAGUUUUUCAUUUUACUAUCUCAGGUCAUGGGAAUCGGGUGGAGAAAUUCGGCGAGUUAGUGAAACAAACACUUUUCGACAUCCAAUGGUUAUUUCCUCAAAUGAGAACGUGA